AUGAAACUCAUCUUCUACUACACAACAGCGGCAAACUCCCAAUUGCAACCUUCCAUCAUCCUGCCGGCCAAGGGUAUGGAAACACUGCAUCCCGCUUUGUGCUAUAGCGGGCGGUUGGAUGCAAUUCACGGACGCCUGGCUGGCGUGAAAUGGCAGUACUCCUGCCAGACCCAAGGUAUCUGCAAAAGUCACACAAAACUCAAGGUGACUUGCACGCGCAGCAUCAUGACGCCACAAGAAGACAGCGCGUCCACCUUGACGAGGCAGGAGGAGUCGGUCUUGGUGUCGACGUCGUCUUGCCAUGCACCUGCGAACUGCAGCUACAUAGACUACAGCCACACUCUGCUCUGGCUGCAUGAAAGGUCUCAGCUCACGGUUCCAUCCACAUCUGCGACGAACAAUCGUGCACGACAUUUUGACUACUGGUUUGCGAGCUGCCUCUUUCCACAGGCCCGUAACUGUCCAUGCACUGCUGCAGAAGAUGCCUCUGGGUGCGCCAGCUUUCCUAAACCACCAGGCCUUCGCUGCCCUGCUGGACCAUUGUCCGGCUUAGCGCUUUGGCAUGCCUACAUAGGCCAACGUCGUCAUCCUAGCUCUAAACAUUCAUCACGAAACAUAAUUGUUCAACAUCAAUUGAUCAAGUGGCGAUCAAUAACGAACAAGCUCGCAGUAAAAGAGCGAAAACGCCCAGAGAGCGUGUACGGCAGUGUAGCCAGUGUGUUGGCGAUGAAGCAGAUCGAUUCCACCCCGCAGCUAACACCCUCGAAACCUAGUAAGCCUACUGCAUACGUCUUAACAUCUCCAUCCAUGCAGUCCCAUCUUCAACACCUCGUCUGCUCAUCUGAUCUCAAUCCUUGGACCCCUUCGUCACUUCUUGCCGCCAUGGUGCUGGCUGCCACGGUCAUUGCCAAGACCUUCAAUGGCAGCCUCAUCCAUGGAGACCCGAUGUGUGUGGCGCCCGUCCUGGGACUGCUGUUUGCGUUAGCUGGGCUUCCUGUUGUACACUGUAACGUAGCGGGCGGUCUGGCCGGCAACCUACAAGGCCCUACCUCAAUAAUAGACUCAAUAUGCAGUUCAUCAUCCGCAAUCAGUCUGAAGCAGUCCCUGCCCUGGCCGCCAAAAGGGUCGUUCCUGCGGCCAAAAGGGGUAUCAGAUGUACACGUCAAAACGGUCGUUGUGGCAUUGGUGCGCUGGUUGCCAUGGCAGAAUCGCGGUCAGCAGCUUUGGGACAGCAGCAUAAAUGGUUGA